GCUACUAGAAGGCGGCCUAGCUUUCCUUCCCGGUGUGAAGUUUUAUUUCUUGGUGUGUGUGUAUGCGGGUAUUGAUCUUUUCGGUGAGCUGCUCCAUCCGUGCUCACCCGUGCGGCGUGCGUUGUUUGCGUCGCGCCGCAUCUUGUUCUUCUCCUCGUCGCUAUGAAACACCAUUCCCCGACAAUACCAAACCUAUAACAAACAAGGAAAGCUCCUUUCUUCUUAUUUUCUUCUCUCCUGAAUAGAGAGUAGUCGGCGAGGUUUUUUAUUUCUCUCCCUUUACGAUGAAGCGUCUCUCCCAUCGCAUAUACACCCCUGCGGCGGAGCCUCGCAUACUUUCGGGCACCGGCGUCCUCCAGCGCGCCACACCCUCGCCGGUGCACCUCGUCUUUAUGCACGGCCUCAUGGGCACCCACCGCAACUUCGCCUCCGUCUGCGCCGCCAUGUCCGGCGCGCAGGACGAGAAGAGCAGGAUGGCCGACCUGAAGAUGGAGGAGGUGAGGAGAGUGACGGUCCCGUCCGAUUGUGACGAGGCCGCUGGGUGCUGCGCCCACCCGGGCACGGCGGGUGCCCCGCGGGUGUACCAAUGCGUCGCCUUUGACUGGCGAAACCACGGCGACAGUGAACACAACCCGAACAUGACGCUGGAUGGACUGGCUGAAGAUGUGACGGACUUCCUGGCGGACUACGGUACCGCGGUGUUGGCUGCGCCAUCCCCUGUCCCGCUGAUCCUCGUCGCACACAGCAUGGGGGCGCUGGGGUUGAUGCACUGGAUGUGGACGGAGCACCUUCGGCAGUGGCGUGACCGCGUCCUGGCCAACGGACUGGGCCCUCUCCGCCCGUCGCAAUCCGCCGCGGCCACGAGUCAGCGUUCGCUUUUUGCGACCCCGGCCUACCGCGUUCUCGGUGCGGUGCUGAUCGACACCGCCCCCGCGGAACGGCCGGCGUCUUUCUACGACACAACGCGGCUUAUUCGCAGUUUGUCCUCCGUCCCCCUCGGCACACUGCACUCGCGCACCGCGGUCGAGGGCUGGAUGCAGCAACACGGCCCGAGGGAUCUCUGCACGCCCGACAAGAUCUGGUUGCUGCGGUACCAGCUCAGCAAUCUGACCUUCCCGAAGGGCGCCGCACCGACGUGGAGGAUCGGGUUGGAGGAGAUCAUCAACGGUCUGGACCGCAUCUCAUGGAGCAGCGGCAGCGUCGCCCGUGACGCGAUUGUGCGUGAGGUGGAGCGGCUUGCAGUGUCGCGAGGUUUGCCCACGCCUGCCCCGCCGCCGUUGGAUGAGUUUCCGGUGUCCUGUGUGUUUGGCGCCACCUCCCCGUACGACACGGCUGCCACAAGAGCAGCGGUGCGGCGCAUCUUCAAGGCGCCGUCGAUACUGGAGAUGGAGGACGCUGGACACUUUCUCUUUAUGUGGCAGAAGCGCACGUUUGUCUCGACGCUUCGGGACGUGUGCUACGCGUUGGAGAAGGCAGGUGGAAUGCUGAGAGGGAUGGCGUAA